AUGAUCAGAAACGACCCCACCACACAAUACCCAGAACCCAACGAUGAUGAGGAAUGGCCUCUAGGCAUGCGGCAUUGGGUACUGCCAUUCAUCCUGUUCCUCAUGUACAUCAAAAUUGCCAACUGUCUCAGCACGUCAUAUGAUACCACCAGCCUUCGAAAGGAAAAUCAGCAGAUGAAACAAGUUAUUGGCUGCAAAUUCGACGACGGGGGACUUUUACAAAUCGCGAAAGAGAGCGUAAAGCAGCAACUUCCAAGCGAGCCUGAGAACCUUGUCCUAUCCAGAGAGGAGCUCUUAGAUAUCCAUGCCUAUAUAUUAUUCAGCCGGUUACAGAAGCUACAGGAGCCCAGAAGAGAUAUCUGGGCAAAACUCAGCGGUCAGUUCCGCCAAGAUCUCAGCAAAAUCAUCUACAGUGUAUGCUAUGCUUCGACACAACUCGAGGACCUUGCACGAGAAGCCAAAAUGUUCAAUAAGCCAACGCUGCGACAAUUGCAAAUGGUGAGUGUUGCCACAUACGUUCUUUUCCGAGAGAGUCGUAGAGACGCUCAAAAACUCAAUGAGCUUGUCGAUCAACUUGGCAAUCAACUAUCACUUGUUGAAACAACGAUGAACAGGGCCAAUGGGCUUUUUCCUGACAUUUUUGCGAAGAAACCCGGUGUGACAACACUAUGGAAGUACUGGAUGACUAAAGGGGCGAUGACAGAGGAAGAACUUGACAGCUACGAGGCCAAACGGAUGAUGAUUGGAAGAAGUGUGAUCAAUAAGUUGGAUGGGGAAUUUGUUUUACCAGAGCCGGUCUCAUGUUGA